AUGUCGUAUGCUGUGGAAACUAAGAAGCGCAAGUUUCAUCGAGUUCUGGAAUCAUUGACGAAACCUGCGAAUGCCGAAUCCUCCACCAAACCAACCCCCGCGGCAACUACAGCAGCAGCAGCAACAACAAAUGAACGAAUCUCCGCGGACUUGGCAGCGAAAAAGGCUCGCUUGAGUGAUCGUCAAGAUGGAACUGACCUUGCAUCUGUGCGAAAAACGGUCUUGAGAGUUGCUCGUUCAAGCUCUCGAGAUUCGUCAGCCUCGUCCUCGUCGCGGCCGAGUUACGUCCCUUGGGAUCGCGAGCGUUUUCUUGAAAGACUGGAGACGUUUCGCCGGGUUGAUCGAUGGUCACCGAAACCGCCAGCUAUAAACGAAUUGGAAUGGGCUAAGCGCGGAUGGGUCUGUUCAGAUGUGUCGCGAGUGGCAUGCGUAGGAGGGUGUGGCGGUUCCGUUGUCGUCAAACUACCAGAUGAGCUCGAUGAAUUGGAUGGGUACGACAGCGAAAAGGUGCAAGAGAGGAAGGAAGUUCGCGCCAAACUCGUUGAAGAAUAUGCUAGUCUUCUAGUUCAAGGGCAUGGCGAGAAUUGUCCAUGGCGAAACAAGGGUUGCGAUGCUACGAUCCAUCGUUUGGCCUUGUCCAACCCUGAUACAGCAAUCUCUGGUCUCCGGACACGCUAUUUGAAUAUCGCUAAGAUGGCCGACCAUCUACCAUCUCAAGAAAUCAUUCAGACCCCUGAGCCAUUUGACCUCGAGACAAUAAUCAAGAUACUUCCCGAUGAUUUUGAGAGGAUUGAGGAACAUACCGAGAUAGCUAUGCCUCAAACUCCUCAACGCGUCGAUGAAAACCAACUGGCUUCCGUUCAAAGUCCGCCUACGCAGGAAAUCUCGAUUAAUAGGACUGCUUUUGCGCUCGCCUUCUUUGGGUGGGACUCCGUCGCAGAUGGUGCAGCAGGCUUGGCCGGCUGUGGUGCCUGCUUCCGGCGCUUGGGACUCUGGAUGUACAAACCGAAGGACAACGGCGAUAUAUCUGUUUACGACGCACUUGACGUUGCUACUGAGCACAUGGAAUACUGCCCAUGGGUCAGCGGCAAGGCUCAGAGCGGUACCGGAAAGUCAUCUGAGAAGUCAGCCGAUCUACGCAGUGGGUGGGAACUCUUGGCUCAAGCGCUCAAAGUGAAGCAUCGCCGACAUAUUCGAUCCACGGUGUCUGUCGAUAGCCGUGCCGUUUCCGAAACCCCCUCCGCGGAUGGUCUGACAGCUGACGAAGCAAACAGCGAAGCCAGAAAGGCUAGCGACCGCGAAUGGUGGGCAAAGCUGCGACGGAUGAGACAAGUACUGAAUGUCAAGUCUCCAAAGAAACCAACUGCGCCAUAA